AAAGACUUACGAAGCAAUUGUCAUGGAGUAGAAACUAUGCCGAUAACGAGAUGGGAUUUUAAUUACUGGACGCGUUGCUAAAAAUAAGCAGGUUAGACGUGGCUUUAUCUUAAGCUAAGCUUUGGUGAAUUUGCGUCGAAUUUUCUGAAAGAAGAACUUGAAUCUAGCUCUAACCGACUGGAACGAACGCAAUCGACAUCAUGCCUCAAAUAACCGCAAGCGAUGUCAACUUGAGUUCAUCAGUCAUAAAAGCACGUCCUUCUGGAAACAGUAAAGCAGCGAGAAAUGAAGACAAAAGUUUUAAAGGACAAGUUUCAAACGAAGAGGAAGAAAAGUUAUCUGAGAAUGAUGAGCGCCGUGAUGUAUUAAAAGACAUCAGAACUGAAGACUGCCUAAAAUUACCAACUCUAACAAAAGCUACAAAAUACAACAACGGUGUAAAGAGUAGAGUUGAAGUUCUUUUAAAAAGAAGACAAUUUUCUGAUCUGACAAUUCACCAACUGAAUUCAGAUUUGUGUAGAAAACAUAGGGAAAAUUUGUCAUCGUCGUGUUUACGAAACCACGAAGUUUCUCCCGGCAUGCAAAAACGUAUACCUAUUGUUUCUGACGAAAAUGGGGAAAACAAUAGCGAAGAAGGAAAUGCAAGGCAGAGUUUAAAGGAAAAAUCCUUGGAUAGCAAACUACCACUCUCUUGUUCAAUUCUUGAGGGACAAAGAGUAAACUUAAGAGAGAAGGCUGGGUUAAACAAACAGCGGAAACAAAUCCGAAAACAUAGUGAGCUUCCACAUGCAGAGAAAGGAAACAAGUUACCAAAUCAAAGUGACACUUCUUCGAAAGACCCUGAUCAUAUUAAAACCUUUUUAAUGAAAUCGAUGUUAACACGGAGAAAUACGUCUGAUACAGUUUCAGUAAACACUGGAAAGCGGAGUGACAGACCGGUAUUUCACUUACCGAAGGCAGAUAAAUACGAUAUCAGCCCUCGAGGUCUAAUAGACAACCAAGUUUGCUCUGUUUUCAGAGUAAACGAUGUCAAAUCAUCAUCGCUGUUUUACCCAAGCUUCAACAAUGCUUGGAGUCCAAACCGGGACAACUAUAGAAUUAAACAUUCGGUGUUUAAAGCUUUCGCACAACAACCUGCAGUGUUUAUAAGGGAACCAUCCCCAGUGGCUGGGGUGAAAAUACAUUUAAAGGAACACGAGGAUUCGUUCACAGAAGCGAUCCAGGCUGUUGAAAAAACAAACGCACUAACCUCAGCUGUUGACACAGCAGUGACUCGACAAGUUAAGAAAUUUGUUGUAAGAUUACCACCAAUUUGCUGAAAAGUAUGUUAGUUUGUACCAAAAAUAGUUUUGUAUCGCAGUCUCGUCUCUUCGUUUGGCUAACAUGUG